CUAACUUCAGUCAAAAAGCACUCGUAUUAGGUAGACCACAGUUGAAUCUCAGUCGCCUCGUCUGACCCGCCCGCACCAUGGCGCGUCCCUCCUCCGCGCCACCGUCGAGAGUGCGCUCAUCCUUCGAGAAACAGCGCUUGCAUAUAAAUGACAGGCAAAUCCGAGCUUGAAGGACUUUUCGCCUUCCUCCAAUAUCCAACGCCCUGGCUCUGUGUACUACUACACAAUCUACACUGCCCUGUUUCCUUUUUGACCUCCAUCUCCCACCUCCUCUCACGCUCGCCGCGCGCGGUGGCGCGUUAAUUUUCCUUUCUGGGCAUGAGGUGGGUCUACCCCGCCAAAAUCGGCGGUGGCGGGGAGGGAAAGGCGGUGGUUUUCCGGUCGAGGCUGAAGUGGGUCGGGCUUUUCGGGCUUGUUCUCUCUGCUUUCUCUCUCUUCACCCACUUUCUUCUCGCGAGGUACAGCGAUGGUUAUGCCGUCUCUGAGUACAAAUCCUCCAUUACAAUCUUUUCUUGGAGGCCCACUUUCGAGGAUGCAGAUUUUUCAGCCGGUACUCCAUUGCAUACAAGGCUUUGGGCUCCAGUUAGGGAUCUGGAAUCUGUACAUCCAUAUGCAAAUCCCAGAGGAAAUUAUGUAGCUCCUGGCUCUCAAAGUAGUGGAUUCGUGUUUGUAAGAAUACGAGGAGGUUUUCACGAAAUAAGGAACUCGAUUUGUGAUGUAGUUGUGGUUGCUCGGCUUCUCAAUGCCACUUUAGUUAUUCCUGAGAUUCAAUCCACGACGAGUAGUAAAGGAAUCAGCACAGAGUUCAAGAGUUUUGCCUAUCUCUACAGCGAGGAUCAAUUCAUCGCGACUUUAGCGGAAGAUAUUAAAAUCGUGAAGACACUCCCAAAGGAUCUGAAAGGAGCAAGGAGGAAGAAAGAAAUCCCUUCUUUCAAAGUGCCUUACUCAGCUUCUCCAUAUUUCUAUCUUCACCAUGUUUUACCAGUUUUGAAUAGGCAUUCGGUUGUUGAGCUUGUUGUUCCAGAUGGAGGUUGCUUGCAGGCCCAACUCCCUCCACAACUCGAAGAAUAUCAGAGGCUGAGAUGCCGAGUUUCUUAUCACGCUUUAAGGUUCAGACAGGAAGUUCAAGAACUCGCUACCAAGAUUCUGUACAGAUUACGAGCCUCCGGACGGCCAUUUAUAGCCUAUGAUCCUGGGAUGACAAGAGAUGCUUUGGCUUAUCAUGGCUGUGCCGAACUCUUUCAGNAUGUACAUACUGAGCUAAUCCAACAUAAACGGGCAUGGAUGAUAAAACGUGGGAUUGUGAAAGGGAACCUUUCGGUGGAUUCGGCUGAGCAACGUUUAAACGGUUUAUGUCCACUUAUGCCGGAGGAAAUAGGCAUUAUUCUCCGAGCGUACGGCUACUCAUGGGACACGAUCAUCUACGUGUCGGGCGGCGAAGUCUUCGGUGGGCAAAAGAAACUCAUUCCUCUUCACGCCAUGUUCGAAAACGUCGUUGACCGGACAUCUCUAAGCGUCUCGUGGGAGUUGACCAAAAUGUACGGUCGUGAGGCCAAUCUUAUCGACAAGCAUCCCAAAACCCCACCACCACCUAUGAGAAAAGAGGACAAGAAGAAUAAACAAAACUUUUGGAAAACUAUCGGGCCUCGGCCCAGGCCCUUACCCCCUCCUCCGGGCCGGGCCAAGUACCCUUACAACAUCGAGGGGUGGUGGGGUUGGGUUGCGGAGAGUGAUAACGAGCCCGCUAGCACGGUUAUGGAGCUGAGGACAAAUGCACAUAAAUUGCUUUGGGAGGCCAUUGACUAUACGGUUUGUGUUGAGGCCGAUGUUUUUGUCCCGGGCUUUGACCGUGACGGACGAGGGAACCCGAAUUUCGCGAGCAUGGUCACGGGCCAUCGGAUGUAUAGAUCGGCUGCCUCCAAAACAUUCCAUAUAGAUAGGAAAACUGCAGCAAGACACCUAGAGGAAAACCGAGACCACGUUUACCAAGCCAACCACACAUGGAUAAAGUCCCUUCGAAAGCACCUCAGAAAACACUUACUCGAUGGCCCAACAGUCGAGCUGGAAAAAUCGAAACCACUAUCCUUUCUAUCUUUCCCCAUCCCUGAAUGCUCAUGCUCCACUCUGGGCCUAUCGGGCCCCAGCACGCGGGCCCAUCCAAGAAAAGUGCUGCUGCGGUUGCUCAACGCUUCAAGCCCGCUAGACAAUAUCACGCGGACCAUGCAAAGGUGCCCCUCAUGGAUUGAUACCGGGCCUGCAGUGGGCCGGGCCGUCGAGGAGGAUGAUGAUGUAAGCGAGGAUGAGUCAGAUCCGCCGGAGACUGCCGCCGGCCUUCUUUUCCGGCAGGGUGGUGAGAGCAACGAGCUGCCGCCGGAGGCUGGCGGCGGCAAGGAGGAGGAGGAUCAGGAGGAGCUUGAAGGAGGAGAGAGGUGACUGUAAACGGGACGAUUUUUUCUGGUGGGCCCGCUAAACGGGUCUCCAGAAAAAAAAAACCGUUCGGUUUUCGAGUGGGAAUUUGAUUGAUCUUGUGGUUUUUUGUGUAUUGGGUGUUUUUGUGAGGUAUUGGUGUUGAAGUGUUGGUGGUUUAACUCAUGAAGGAGAAUGUUUGUGUAGGUAAGCAUUAAGUGUAGCUUUGGGAAGUUUUAGUAAUUGGAAUGGAAGGAAAAAAAACUAACCCCUUUUGCUUAUUGUGGAAAGUUAACUUUAGAUUAGCGCUUUCUACAUUAUUGCUUGUGAAAAAUCGCAUUCUGCACUCUUGUAUUACUGUACUAUUUUCAAAGUUACGAAACGAAAUAAGGCACUUGUUAGCUCAGUUCGGCUUGAUUUUGUCUCAAAUGAGUGAGCUCAAACUCGGUUAAAGGCUGUUUGGUUAACUAAAUGAGUUUGGCUCGAUUCG